AUGCCGCCCAAGCAGGAGGGGGAGGGCCAGAGGCCGCCGGGUGGCAGCGCGUGCCUGUGGCUGGUGACGGCGCUGCUCCUCCUCUGCUUGCUUGCCGGCGGCGCUUGCCUCGCGGCCUACAUCGUGCUGUCGCCGCGCGAGGCGCCGGCCUGGAUCCCCACCGUCGGCCUGGUGCUAGUCGCGCUCCCCUGGGCGUUCUGGAUUGCCACUUGCGCGUACCGGUGCAUCGCAGCGCGGGCCGCCGAGCGCAGGAUGGCCGCCGUGGCGCCAGCCGCCGGAAGCAUGCGCUCGCCGGCCGACGCGCCGGCUCCGGGCUCAUGA